AUGAGAGACACAACGCCAGCAAAGCGCCGUGGGACAGCAUACGCGCCCUGGAUGCCAGAGCUCUCGGCCCUCGGUGGAUCAUCGCUGGCUUUUGUGGGGAUGGUGGCUCUGCUCAGUGUCUUUGACGACCGGCCCAUUUUCGACUGGUACGGGGUGACGCUAAAUACCCUGGUGUCGAUACUUUCUGCCGCGAUAAAGGCAGCUUUGAUCUUUGCGAUUUCCGAAUGCAUCAGCCAGUGGAAAUGGAUCCUGUUCUCGCGCGACGAACGGCUGCUGAUCGACUUUGAGCGGAUGGAUUCAGCGAGUCGUGGUCCCCUUGGGGGGAUUAACGUCCUCUGGAAGUUGCGAAGAUCAAUCUCUGUCCAACUAGGCGCCUUUCUGACCUUGCUCGCCAUCGCCUUGGACCCAUUCUCGCAGCAGCUGGUGCAGCUGCGGCAAGGAACCGAGUUUGUUGACUCGCUGGGUGACGCCCACGCCGAAAGCGCGCUAACACAGGAGUACACCAAGGGUGACGUGGUGUAUGGAAACGAUACCAACUCCACUAUAAACCCAUCAGGGCCCAAGGCAAUUGUGGCGAAGACGAUGAUAGAUCUGUCCAUGCAAGGGUCCAUCCUGAGCGGCUUCUCCCGCUCGCUGGCUGAAAUCCGCCAGCAGGCUAAUGUGAAAUGCCCAACAGGCCAGUGCACGUGGCCCCCUUCCAAGACCCUUGGUGUCUGCCACACAUGCCACAAUAUCACUUUGGACUUGAAGAGGGUUGACAACUUCGGAGAUGUCGCGGGGCCUUUGAUUUUGGGGGAAGACACAAUGCCAGCGAACGACAGCUCGGCGUUUGUCUUGCCCAACGGUCACUUUAUGGCGGGUAUCAAUGGGCAGAUUGCCAGUAUCACUGGGAUGCCGGAACAGGGCUACCAGAACCCACACAACUCGUGGAUUGUGGCUGGUCCCGCUAUGACUUCGUUUGGAAGCGGGAACCCGGCAAAAACCAACCGGAUGCAGGACGUGGACACCUUGAUCUGGUCGACCAGCAUGAUCUACGUGGAUACAGCCCAACUGGGGAUGGCUUCUGCCGAGUGGCCUGAUGUCCCUGUCCGCGCAAGCGAAUGUGCGGUAUACUACUGCGUCCAGAACAUCAACACGACAGUGGAGGGAAACACCAUCUACGAAAACACCACCGAGGACACUCAAGCUAAGCGAGAUCCAAAUUCAUGGCAGCCAAAGGAUUCACCCCUGGACGAAAAGUACGCUCCUGAAAAUAUCCCUCCAGAUCACCAAAUGUCAAGCUUAGAGUGGGACGAACGAUACUCUGCGAUCAGCAGGGAAGACUUGAUCCUGUACUACCCGCAGAACUCCAGUGACUCCACUUAUACGUUGGCUGAAACCGCCGUCAAGCCCAUCAGCGCGUACUUCCCGUCACUGCUAACCGUAAACAUGACAGGAUCAGUCAAUGUAAGUCGUGCUAUUGCGGAGCGACUGGGUGAGCAUGCUGUCGGCUACAAUGGCGCCUGGAUAGGCUACAAGGCGUACCCGGAGGCGUUACGGCACAUCUACGAGGCAAGUGAAGAUGUCGACCUUGCUGCCAAGUUUGCCGUGCUCGCGGCUAGCAUGACCAACGACAUGCGCAGAAAUGGAGACGGCAUCGCCAGGUUUGACCCACUGAAUGGUCAUAUAAGUCUGGGCAGCGACAAUCAACCCGAAUACGGACUCGUCGGUGUCGCGACGACGUAUUAUAGCAUCGAAUGGGGUUGGAUAGUGCUUCAUGCCCUGAUGCUAGCCGGUGGCCUUGUGUUCUGGCUGUUGACUGUCAGAAACUCCUCUAGGCCCGAGGCGGUACAGAUAUGGAAGAGCAACUCUCUUGCGGUCUUGCGCCAGGGCCGGACGACGGGAGAUGUUUUGAAGGGGUCCAGGACGAUGGAAGAGAUGAGGAGCAUGGCCAGAGGCCAGAAAGUGCUGGUGACACUGGAACAUUGCCCGGAUGAUCUAAUAGCACUGCCGACUAGGCAGAGAGACGAUGCAGACGUCGCCCCAGAUGACCGCCAGGAAAAUUAG